AUGGUGAUACAUACAAAGCAUUCGAAUUUGCGAAGAACGGAUGUCGAGACGUUGAAAGAUGAAUUGCGGCGAGACACUGCUUCACUCCACUUGUCCAACUCCAAUUCUCAACAGGUUUCGGAUGCGUCGCCUUCGUCAACUCCUGAUCACCAAAGGAUACCCCAGACGACAAUGGACAAUAAAUCAUUGGCAACGCCGCCGGCCUAUGCGUCUUCACCUUUAAAUGCAGCUGCCGCGAAUGGAGUAGUUGGAAAUUUUCCGGCUGUGCUUGCUGCAGCAGCUGCCGUGCAAACCACGAAUCCUUUUCUUCUGGCCGCAGCUCUUGGACUGCAGCAUCAACAGCAACAGCAGCAACAGAAUGGUACCACGGCAACUUUGCCGUGGAUCAAUGGCGCGCAGUCAUUCACCGCUAUGCUACCCUUUUUGCAACAACUGCAGGCACAAGCACAACACGCACAGUUAACACAGGUGGCUUUGGCACAGCAUAUAGUGGCAGCGCAACAAGCUGCAAAUUUGCAUCAACAGCUGAAGACAGCAGCAGCUGCCGCCGCUGCAUCUCAUGCUUCUUCUUUAACUCCAUCUCAGCAACAGCAGCUGCAGUGGUUGUCUCCGCCACCGUCCGUUCCGCCACAAGUGAAGCAAACAACCACGUGUUCCUCCCCUUUACUGUCAAGCGGAUCCGAAUUAGCAUCGACGUUAUCAGAACUAUCCGAAUUGAGUCCUCGGCCGCAUACAGAGCAACAGCCUCCCUCACCUCCUGCUUCAUUGUCUUCGUCACCCUGUAAUGUCGAGAAGCAACAGCAAUUCCUGUUCGAUGAAGAUACGGUGAUUGAUUCGCUGUUGGAGGAGCGAAAGGAUUUGUCCGAGAAAGAAAGUAUCGCUGUUGCUGUUUUAGCUGGCAUGGCUGCAUGUCAGCGAUAG